AUGCGUAAGUAUUUUAUAAAUGAGGAAGAGCUUCAAGCCGUGAGAAAUUGGACUGGGAUUCUGCGAGAAAAAACGCUUUUUGAUGCUGCUAUAUCGAGAGCCUCCUAUCUGAAAGUCUUAGACCUUGGUACUAUGGUUGCUGAGGGUUCGUUUGGAUCUUGGGUUUUGAAGGAUCUUUUCAAAAAACUGGAAAAUUUGACUGAACUUACUUGGUUGAACUGUCAUUUGGAUGGAGAUGACUGCGCUUUACUUGAAUUGAAAAACGUUGAAAAGCUAAAGAGACUGGUGCUGCACAUAACAAAAUUUGACCGCAAGAAUUUUUUGCAAUUUUUUGAUCGUUUUGGAUGGACGGCAGAUGACGAGGCGUAUGAAACUGUGCUUUACUUGGUUUAUAAAGAUUGCAUGUGGCUUUCCUUUAGUUUGAACGUUGGUUUUGCUUUACAGUUUGACGAUUCUGAAUUAAAACCUCUUUGGUUGAAGGCAUUUUCUACUUUACUAGACAGGGAUGUUCCAUUUGUGGACGGUUCAAAUGAUUAUGAUGCAGAAGAAUACGAUACUGAUGAGUCUAUGGUGGAUGGCCGUAAUGAAGAAGAGCUUAUGAACGAAAGGGACGAGGCUUCCAGAGGAAGUAUUUCUGUUGAGAGCAUUCAUGGAGUAGCGAAGGAACCCAUGUCAAGCUGCAGCAGUGAGUUGAUUAACUCUUCGGGAAAAGAUUAUCACGCCAUUUUUGAUCUUGUUUAG